AUGACAUCACAGUUCACCACUCGUAGCAUCGUUCUCACCGAUAAUUCAAGAAUCGCCAGAAGUGACCGAACAAUGAACAUGGUUUAGCCGAAGUACUUACAUCAAAGUUUUAAUUCAAAUAGCGAACCACUCAAAGGAAGAGACAGUUUUCGUUGUUCUUCCCAAGAUGCAAAGAGUGUCCAACCUGGCAGCUUUCUUCUUGAUUUGGAGUUGUGGAUUUUGCUAUGCAGUUCAAGUUUUCGUCAAGGGUGCCCAUGGAAUGGUCUCUUGGAAAGACUCUCCAAAUUGGAGGGACAGAUCUGUUGUCCCCACUCCUGCCCCAGCGGAUGUUCAAGCGUACAAGAAACGAGGGGAAAUUCCACAUCCGUUUCCCAGAGUUCACGUAGUAAAACACGUGUAUGUUCCAGCACGAACUAGCAUGGCCAAAGGAAGAAGGCUCAAUAAAAAGAAAAAUUUAAUUCAAAGAAUUUUCUUCUCACUGCCUGUCGGCGCUGAAUUACCGAUCUAUUACACUCAUAACCAAGUUUCAGGUUCGCAUAAAAAGAGCACGGUUGUCAAUACUGAAGCAACUGGUGCUGAGGGAAAAAGAUAUUUUUCCGACAGAAUCAAUGGGCCCUUUAGAUCAAGUACCUGGGGAAUUCAAGAACCACUAGGAAACCAGGAAUUGUCUCCAGAUUUAGAAACGAGGACAAUAGCAAGGCAAAGUCUUCUUCAAAAUGAUGAUGAGGGUCUUCAAUAUCACGGAAUGAGUGGACAAUACCUUCGUCCUCAAACAGUUGAUAGGCACCGAAUUAUGGAAAAUAGUGCACCUUUUUUCAAAAGACCGAGAAAAACGCAGGAAAUGUUCUAUAGAAGUUUAAGAAUUCCAGGAUUAAAGAAAGUUAGAAGAGAUAUUAAACAAAAAAGCAGUGACAAAAACAUGAAAAAAUCAGGAUUACCCAAAGGUAACAAAAGGAACACAAGCCGGGCGUCAAGUAACAAAAUUAACUCAGAGAUAGAGAACCUUUUAACAAAGUUCCUCAUUGUCCUGUAAUCCACUUCUUGCACUAAAAAUGUAAUUUUAACUUUUCAAAUAAUAGUUAAGAUGGUUUGUGCUUGUUUUUGAGAUUCAUAAGGCACAACACUGGAGGGGAAUUCUGGUAAAUAAUCAUUAAUGCAGAGGAUAACAUCAAUUCCAGAAUUUUUUGAAAGAUAAAGGAUAAGUAAAAACAGUUUAAUCCAAAGAGAUAUUGAUAUAAGUAACAAAAUUAGCAGAAAUAAAUUUAAUUUUCAUAUAAAUGAAAGAAGAUCGAAGAAAUAAGAAUAUUAUAAAAGAAAUACGCAUUUCACUUUGUUUAAAACAGUGUUCUUUUCUUUUAAUGUUAUGCAGGUGAAACGCUUGACGAUAUAAUGACAAAAUUGAAGCCAGUGAAAAAGGGCUAAGAAUGAAUCCCACAUUCGAUUGUGUUUUGGAACUCAUCGUUGGCAGAAGCGUUUGUGGACGAAAGUGGGAUUGCCAGAUACACAAUAUCGUCCUUGGUGACUAUGUCUGUGAGAUGAUUGAUUUGGAGUGGAGUCUCUGAGUUCCUGGCAUGUGCUUCAACAUAUCCAAUCAGUCCUUGUUCUUCGAAUAAUAGCUAGAUCAAUGCUUCAAUAGGUAGCAUUAUUGAUUCUAUUUGUUUUGCCUCGUUUUCUCAACUGUGAAAAUGCUGAGGAGUGGCUCCUGUCAAUUGACUUCUCUUUCGCAGAGGGGUAGCCUACAUGCUACAUGUAGAAACAAACACAUGAUCGUUUUCAUGAUAACUUUUUGCCACUUAACAUUGAACGUUUACUUAAACUUGCUUUUAUUCCUGGUUAAAAAGUGUUGUUUAACUUAUCUCUACUAAGAAAUUAGAUGUAUUUCUUGAGUUUGUACCGCAGUUAUGAUGUAAAUAUGAACGGCUGUUUAUUUAGUGUCAAAACAAUGGUCAAGAAGACGGUGGUUCUUUUUACAGUGUUAAAGAAAGACGUUCAACUUAAUCUAUUCGAUCUACACGAAUACUUUGAUUAUAUUCUUUUAUUGCCAGCUAGUUGGAAAACACUUUAAGGUUGACAAGUUAAAUACUUCGUAGUAACUAUUCAAUGCAAUGGUUUCAAGAAACUGUAAGGGCAGGUAUGGGGAAGGUGGAAACUGGGUUGUUUUUUUAUAAUAAAGCCGUUGCAGAACAAAUAAACGACUAGCUGAAAUUUUGGUCACGGAGAGAAUCUUGGCAAUUUUUUUAACUUUGAUUUGCCAGAUAGUCUUAAAUAAAAUGAAGACACGACCUUG